GAUUCGGGUGUCUACUGUUUGGAGUUUCUCACCCAAGUCACUUGGAUUUCAAGAAAUCGGUAGAAAACAAAACUCCACCGCUCUAAGUCUCAGCUGACGGGAAAGGGGGUGUGCAGCUGAGAGUUCGAGAGUCACCGGACCCCCAAAUCGGGAGCGGGCACCCGCUCCCUGCGUGCCCCGUCUCUCCGAGCCCGACCAUGGGAACCCCGAAGCCCCGGAUCCUGCCUUGGCUGGUGUCACAGCUCGACGGGGGACAUCUUGAAGGUGUGGCUUGGCUGGACCAUAGCCGCACGCGCUUCCGCAUCCCCUGGAAGCACGGCUUGCGGCAGGAUACCCAACAAGAGGACUUCGGCAUCUUCCAGGCCUGGGCGGAGGCCAGUGGUGCCUACACUCCUGGGAAGGAUAAGCCGGACCUACCGACCUGGAAGAGGAAUUUCAGGUCUGCCCUGAACCGGAAGGAAGGGCUGCGUUUAGCCGAGGACCGGAGCAAGGACCCCCGAGACCCGCACAAGAUCUAUGAGUUCGUGAACUCAGGAGCUGGGGACCUCCCUGAGCUGGGGACCUCUCCAGACACGGAUGGCAGAUGCAGCACCUCUGAUAUCCAGGAAGACAUUCUGGAGACACUGAGUGACAUGGCCUUGGGCCCGAUCUCCAGUGAGGGGCCCCUGUGCCCGGCUAUGGUCCCUGAAUACGCCCCUCAGCUGUUGCUGAGCCCCAACUCAGAUGUCCCUGCUCCCUGCCCAAACCUGGAACCCCCUGAGAACCCACUGAAGCGGCUCUUGGUGCCCGAGGAAGAGUGGGAGUUUGAGGUGACCGCCUUCUACCGGGGCCGCCAGGUCUUCCAGCAGACUGUCUUCUGCCCACACGGCCUGCGGCUGGUGGGGUCAGAAGCAGGGGACAGGACACUGAUGGGGCAUCCAGUACUGCUGCCAGACCCCGGGAUGCUCCUGACAGACAGAGGCGUGGCGGGCUAUGUGAGUCGUGUGCUGAGCUCCCUGGGCGGGGGACUAGCUCUGUCGAGGGCAGGGCAGCAGCUCUGUGCCCGGAGGCUGGGGCACUGCCACACAUACUGGGCUGUGGGCGAGGAGCUCCUCCCUGACAGUGGUCACGGGCCUGAUGGCGAGGUCCCCAAGGACAAGGAAGGAGGCGUGUUCGACCUGGGGCCAUUCGUGACAGAUCUGAUCGCCUUCAUUGAAGGGAGCGGACGCUCACCGCGCUACACUCUCUGGUUCUGCUUGGGGGAGUCGUGGCCCCAGGACCAGCCGUGGACCAAGAAGCUAGUGAUGGUCAAGGUGGUUCCCACAUGCCUCAGGGCCCUGCUAGAAAUGGCCCGGGCAGGGGGCGCCUCCUCGCUGGAGAACACGGUGGACCUGCACAUCUCCAACAGCCACCCGCUCUCCCUCACGCCGGACCAGUACAAGGUCUACCUCCAGGACCUGGUCCAGGACAUGGACUUCUAGGUCACCGGGCAGGUCUGAGCCCGCCGCUCGGGUGCAGGCCCCUUGCCUCA